AUGAAGGCAGCAGACGGAUCAAGAAAACCUUUAUGGUUAAAUCAGCGUACUUUGACAUCACACAUAUUCUUCGGACCAUACGUUCUCUUCCCUAUAUUAGCCGCCUUAACAUGGCUAGGCGGUAUCCUAGCAUUAUUGUUACUUUGGGUGGUAGCUGGUAAACCGCGAUACCAAUCAGACGAAGCUUCAGUGGUUUUUAUAAGUGAUGUAGGGGCCACUCAUCAGACUCUGUUCAUUGUAAUUUGUGCUUGCGUAGCAGGUUUCUACAUACUCUCACUCUUCGCUGAAAGGUGGUUGAGACACGUUGAUAGAUUGCCUACCGAUCUGAGAAAGAGGGAAGUGAUCUUUGAUUGGCUAGCAAUCGUAUUCUGUAUAAUAGGCUCAGCGGGAUUGGUGCUUCUCUCAGCAUUCAACGCAUUUGACCAUUCUACGAUUCAUUGGACAAUGACACUGGUGUUCAUCGUCGGUGUGGCUCUCUCAGCUAUCUUCCAAUCUGCUGAAGUCUGGUCAUUACACAAAGAUCACCCUGAUCGAAAGUCACUCAGAAGAAACUCCAUCUUGAAAUUGACCGUUGUCGUGGUGGCUGUAGCUUGUGCUAUUGCUUUUGGAGCAACUUACGGAGUGUGUGGAGGCAAUUCUACCGCUACCUCUUCCCAUUCCGCCGAAACAUGCAACAGCGUAACAUCCGCCGCCGCAGCCCUAGAAUGGACCGUCGCUUUCAUCUUAGUCUUCUACUUCCUGACCAUCGCAGCGGACUUAUGGCCAGCAGGUAAAUCCAGUCCAAGGUAUAUGAGGAGAUUGGCGAAAUGGCAAGCAAAACAUGAGAAUGUCAAUCACCUAGAGAAUGAUUUCACUGGUAGGGGGGCAUUCGACGUCUAUCCUGAAAGAGCCAACUGGCAGGCGAGGGAACAAGAGAUGAGGAGGGAAAUGAUUGAUAGGAAUACUGGUGCAGCAUAUGUCGGUAAUGGAAACAGUAACAAUGGAACUCAUCCAUCGAGUAUUGAUGAUAAUAGGUAUUCGAUGGGUAGUCAAACACCCAUGAUGAGGCAGGUAUAG